UUCUUAAGAGGAGAGAAGGCAGUGAUGGAAGAGCUCACCGCUUUCGUGUCUAAGUCUUUCGAUCAAAAAGUGAAGGAGAAGAAGGAAGUGAUAACCUACAGGGAGGUGUUGGAGACCGGGUCGACGCGAGCAGGGAGCAGGGAGCCUUUAUCCACGGAGCCGGGAAGCCGAGAAGAGGCAGCCGCUGCAACCCGGAACGGUGCGCUCUCGCCGGGCAGAGAAACGGACAUGCUCGGCCCGGAAAGGAUCAGGGACGCCGGGAGCCCCAAACUCAUAGACGGCAACACGGACGUGAAAGAAAGGAAAGAGGACUCGAAGCCUAUCGAGGACGAGUCACAGACUAAAAUCAAACAGAGGAGAAGUCGGACUAACUUCACGUUAGAACAGCUCAAUGAACUGGAGCGGCUCUUCGAUGAGACUCACUACCCGGACGCCUUCAUGCGGGAGGAGCUGAGCCAGCGACUGGGACUGUCGGAGGCCCGAGUGCAGGUUUGGUUCCAGAAUAGAAGAGCCAAGUGCAGAAAGCAAGAGAAUCAGUUACAUAAAGGAGUACUGAUUGGAGCAGCGAAUCAGUUUGAAGCUUGUCGUGUAGCGCCAUAUGUCAACGUGGGGGCUUUACGGAUGCCAUUCCAACAGGACAGUCAUUGCAACGUGCCGCCCUUCUCCUUUCAGGUGCAGGCUCAACUGCAGCUGGACAGCGCCGUGGCCCACGCGCAACACCACCUGCACUCUCACCUGGCUGCGCACGCGCCCUACAUGAUGUUCCCCGCGCCGCCUUUCGGGUUGCCUCUGGCCACGCUCGCGGCCGAGUCUGCUUCAGCUGCCUCAGUCGUGGCCGCUGCCGCCGCCGCCAAAAACACCAGCAAGAACUCCAGCAUCGCCGACCUGAGACUGAAGGCCAAAAAGCACACGGCCGCGCUGGGACUGUGA